UGGGUGUUCACCUCAGCUUCUUUAUUGAUGCACGUCCCUGAUGAAAGUGUCAAUAUUUACGCAGUCGUUAAACCAUUUCAAUGGCCGGUAAAGUGGUUUUUCGUUCCUUUCUCUUCUUUUUCGAUCGAGAAAUAUCAAUUAAUCGCAAUCAUUAUAUGCCACAGAUCUGGGUGGGACUGGUGAUUUCGAUUUCUUGCGUCAUAUUCAUUUUGUAUCUCCUGCAACGAUAUUUCCAGGAGAAUCAACUCAAAACAAGCUCUUCACUUACACGACCUAAUAGAGUUAAAACCUUGCAGACAAAGGCACAGGGUGACGGUAGUCAUCUAGCGUGUACAGCAACCUUGGGAAAACACUUUAUCUACGUGUUGAGCAAUUUGUUGUUGCAAGGUAACGAGAAAUAAUUUGUCCAACACCAAAUAGCCCAAGAGAGAAAUAGAUUAUUACUCUUAUUGAAUUAUUAAAAUAGCUGGACCUUGCCCAUCAAAUCGCUUGCCAUUUCGAAUUGUUGCCGGGGCUUGGAGUGUGGCCGCUUUCAUUUUCGUCCAAGCUUACACGUCGACGCUAUCUACCUACGUGUUGACGCCAAUCAAUAAUCCGCUGGUAAACUCGCCUUACGAAAUACCAGAAAGGAAGGAUGUUCAAUUGCUUGUUAGAAAAGGAGGUGCCACAGACUAUUAUCUUUCGGCAAGUUUCAAUACCUUUUAAUUUUUACUUGACGAGUGAUUUGUUGCUGAUUACCUUCGUUCAUUUCAAUCGAUAAUCAACAGGAUAUAAACUCCACGAAUAAAGCGUUCAGGAAACUAGGAGAACGGUUGAAUAACUCCCCACAAUCUCGGUGCAAACUAUCGGAAUGCAUCCGUUUGUUAACGCCAGGAUCGAAAUACGUUUACUUGGAUGUAGGGCAAGAGUUUGGGAAAUUGUAUGAAAGCAAGAAAAAUCUAUCUACAUACUAAGCUUCUCUUGCAUUCACUUCUAGGGAUUACAUUACCACAUGGACAUCAUUUUAGAAAAUUUCAAAAAGACGGGGAAAUGCAACUUGCAAUUGGGAAAAGAAAGCCUGGUAAACGUGAUGGGAUCAUUUGCACUGCCGAAAAACAGCAAAUACACAAAAACUGUGAACCAAGGGCUGUUGGAGAUCAUAGAAGCUGGAUUAGUCGACUACUGGGAUGUCAUGCUACGACCUAUGCCGCUUCAGUGUUUGAAAAAUAUCGGAAAAGGCAGCAACAUGUUGAAAUUAAAGAGUAAAAAACCGCCGGCUCUGACCCUCAAGAAUUUGACUGGAGCUUUUGUCAUCCUGCUGCUGGGUUUUAGCCUUUCACUUUUGGCAUUUCUUAGCGAGAAAAUCGUUUCAAUGCCUAGCCGCAAUCGCCGACGCUUGGAACAAGCUCAAAUGAAAUUCGACAAUAAAUCGGCAAACACUUUUCAAGAAAAGUCUGCGGCAAUCAAAAUAAAAGGAGAAACCCUUUCAACACCCGCACCAAUGAAACAAUAA